GCUCUGCUCGGUACCAAAAUGACAGCGCCGAUAUGGCAGCCAUCUUGGUAUAGACGGGAAGUCUCCGUGCUAGUUCCCGCCCCCUCGUCUAGUUGGGUACGAAGGAGGCGGUCUCCUCAGCCCAGUUAGCCGGCCUCGCCCAGCCUCCCCUCAAAUAACCUCCACACCUACGCAUGCGCGCCAGAGCAGGGCUCGCCGCCACCGGUGUGUCGCCAUAUUGGUAAAGGUAUUGGGACGGAGGUGAAACGGAACUUCCUGUUCUCGCGGGAGCCAGAGGCGGGACUGCCACGUCCGAGCAAACCGGGAAAGGAGAGGAUCGUGAAGCCGGUGAGAAUUCCCUGCUUUACCCUACCAUCCUUUCCAGGCCUUUUCCAGCUUCUAGUGGAUCAUAGAGACUAGGGCCCAGAGAGUCCGUAAAGUGGAGGAUCAAAGCCUAGAGCGGUGUCCCAGGGCCCUACAUCCGGGAGGGGGUUCGAGAUAAAGAGACCGAGUGUUGGGAGCAAUGUGGGUGGGGACAGAACGGAAUGGGGGAGUGGCCCAUAGACGUGGACGGAGGGCACGAACGGAGUAAAACUGACCCUGCAUACGUGUAGAGUUGAGGGUUAAGUGGAGUCACUAUCUCUGUCCCUCUGGUCAGCAUGAUGGCCAGAGGCCUGGGGACCCCCCACUGGGUGGCCGUGGGACUGCUGACCUGGGCGGCCUUGGGGCUGCUAGUGGCCGGAAACGGGGGUCAUGGCGACCUGCACCAGGACCUGCACGAAGACUUCCAUGGCCACAGCCACAGGCGCUCACAUGAGGAUUUUCACCAUGGACACAGUCAUGCCCAUGGCCACGGCCACACUCACGAGAGCAUCUGGCAUGGGCAUACCCACGGUCACGAACAUGGACAUUCACAUGAGGAUUUGCACCAUGGCCAUAGCCAUGGCCAAUCCCAUGAGAGCCUCUACCACAGAGGACAUGGACAUGACCAUGAGCACAGCCAUGGAGGCUAUGGGGAGUCUGGGGCUCCAGGCAUCAAGCAGGACCUGGACACUGUCACUCUCUGGGCCUAUGCACUGGGGGCCACAGUGCUGAUCUCUGCAGCUCCAUUUUUUGUCCUCUUCCUUAUCCCUGUGGAAUCAAACUCCCCCAGGCACCGCUCUCUGCUCCAGAUCUUGCUCAGUUUUGCUUCGGGUGGGCUGCUGGGAGAUGCCUUUCUGCACCUCAUCCCUCAUGCCCUGGAACCUCAUUCUCAUCACCCUCUGGAGCAGCCUGGACAUGGACACUCCCAUAGUGGCCAGGGCCCCAUUCUGUCUGUGGGACUAUGGGUCCUCAGUGGAAUUGUUGCCUUUCUUGUGGUGGAGAAAUUUGUGAGACAUGUGAAAGGAGGGCAUGGACACAGUCAUGGACAUGGACAUGCUCAUGGUCACACACAGGGAAGUCAUGGGCAUGGAAGACAGGAGCGUUCUUCAAAGGAGAAACAGAGCUCAGAGGAAGAAGAAAAGGAAGCAGGUGGGUCUCGGAAGAGGAGAGGAGGGACCACAGGGCUCAAAGAUGGGCCAGUGAGACCUCAAAAUCAUGAAGAGGAAAAAACGGGUUCAGAUCUACGUGUAUCAGGGUACCUGAAUCUGGCUGCUGACCUGGCACACAACUUCACAGAUGGUCUGGCUAUUGGUGCUUCAUUUAGAGGAGGUCGGGGGUUAGGGAUCCUGACCACAAUGACUGUCCUGCUACAUGAAGUGCCCCACGAAGUCGGGGACUUUGCCAUCCUAGUCCAGUCCGGGUGCAGCAAAAAGCAGGCGAUGCGUCUGCAACUAUUGACGGCAAUAGGGGCACUGGCAGGCACAGCCUGUGCCCUCCUAACUGAAGGAGGGGCAGUGGGCAGUGAAGUUGCAAGUGGCACAGGUCCUGGCUGGGUUCUGCCAUUCACUGCAGGUGGCUUUAUCUAUGUAGCAACGGUAUCCGUGUUGCCUGAGCUGUUGAGGGAAGCAUCACCAUUCCAGUCACUUCUGGAGGUGCUGGGGUUGCUGGGGGGAGUUGUCAUGAUGGUUCUGAUUGCCCACCUCGAGUGAGAGGUUCAGUAAACCGCCCCCAUCCCAGCCCUUAACCGCUAGCAUGUAAGUUGUCCAGGUCAGGGGUCUGUGGAAGCUGGGGACCCUGGCCAGGGAUGUCUACUGAAGGAAGUUGCAUCCUAGGGAAGUGGUAACUUUGGCAUUAGGGUCAUCAAGAUUUUGCAGUCCUAUAGGAGCUGCAGAAGUGAGAAUGAGAAGUCAGAGGGACCAUAGUGUUAGUCAUGUGCUGACCAUGUUGUUGGGUUUGGAGGACUAAAUGGGGCCAUGAAGAAGGCUGGAGAAGAGAGGAGGUGAUGACAGCCUACCCUGUGUCCCCUACCCAACCUAUUCUCAGAAGACCAAGCUACCACACACAAGUUUCUCCAAGGUCCACUUCCCCCUCCCACUUGGUGGACGCUUCGGGGAAGACCAGAGCCCUGGAGAGUGGGUAGCAGGAAGAGACGGGGAUAUACAUCAAUUAAACAUCAAUCAUGUGUCCUGAUUUGGGAGUGAUUGAGGUGGGGAGGUGGGUUUGCUUAUCUCAUGGCGUGUUUUUUUUUUUUUAGUUUUGAUAUCACUUUGAAUUGAGGGGUAGGGGUGGUAACCGGAAAUAAAGCCCUCGGAUCUUCCGCCCCACA